GUAAUUUAUCCCUCAUCCUACAUCGACAAUCCAGGUUUGCGGAAGCGGAAGUCUUGACGAUGGAGAUAUUGGACACAUUGGAACAGAAGCAUGGCAAGGGUCAUUGCAAAGCAUUCAAGACAUUGCAAUAUCUGGCAACACUCGUACAUUGGCAGGGCAGGCCUGAAGAAGCGUUGGAGAUGAUAGCAUCACUGUACGACAUGCAGAAAGCGAUGUUAAGGAAUGAUCACCCGGACACGAUCUACAGCAGGCAGUACCUGGCGGAAUUGGAAGCGGAGCUUGUAGCGACCGGGCAGGGCUCUUCAAUCGUGAUCUCUUUUGUAAUUUAGGAAUGGGUUUUCUUUCUCACGACUCGCGCAGUGAAGCUUAGGAUGUAACGAC